AUGGCGGCGCUGCCAGAGAAUGUUUGGGUCCAAAUUGGAGGCUGCAUCAAGCUGUCGCACUGCGUGGGCCAUGAUACCAUCGCAGCUGAUGCGCUAAAGCUCGUGGUGGCAGCACUCAUGACCCAUCGGACGAAUCCACAAGUUCAAGACUGGGCUUCCCAGGCAUUGGCGGCUCUAUGCUCCGGCAUGGACAGCGCCUGUUGCGCACGGAAGGAGCAGGCCAUGGCCGAGGGAGCCCUGGAGGCUCUGGUGAAGUCCGCCCAGUCUAAAGAAGUGAACGUGAAGCGCUCCGCCAUCGGAGCCUUGGGCAAUUUGUGCUGUGGCGGAGACGUGGGUCGCACGCAGCGGGUGAUGCGAGCGCUGGAAGCUCAAGCCCUGGAGAUCCUGCAGCAGACGCUGAAGACAGAUGACUCAUCCAGGACUGCCCCGGUUGCGGCGAGGACCAUCCGGAAGGUCUUCGCUGCUCUGGCGCAGUUGAUGGAAGCCGCUCCAGAAGAAGUCUCCAGUGGCGAGACGCUGGAGUUGGUCGAGAAAGCGAUGGCCGCCCGACACGACAACCUGGAGAUUCAACAGGUCGGUCGUCACAUCCAACAGGUGGCCGCGCCGCGCGACUGCGCCAAAGAGAAGCCCAGCUAUUGGUCUGGGCAAGCGACAGACGCGUCGGGCUGGAACCUUUGCCCCGUGACGGAGGAGACCACGUUGAAUGCGCUCAGAAAGAUAUUCCUCGUGGACCGCCCGAAGGAGCUGGGCAAGGGCAAGGACACCGAGAAGUACCGAGAAUCCCAGCUGAUUU